AUGAACUUACAGUACCACUACGGAAUCUACCACGACCAAUACGACAACGACAUCGACUACCACGACUGCGGCACCAAAUACGACCACCACAACAACAGCGGCACCAAAUACGACACCACAACAACUGCGGCACCAAAUACGACCACCACAACAACUGCGGCACCAAAUACGACCACCACAACAACUGCGGCACCAAAUACGACCACCACGACAACUGCAGCACCAAAUACGACCACCACAACAACUGCGGCACCAAAUACGACUACCACAACAACUGCGGCACCAAAUACGACUACUUCAACUAGUGCCCCAACGACGGAACAACCAGGAAGCGAAGAAUCAGAUAAAGAAGAUGAAUCUGACUCCUCUUCUUCGGAGGAAGACCCGGAGCUUUCUGAGCUGAUGAAGAGAUUAGAGGUCAAGGUUAAAGUUAAGGUCAAACUUAGCAAGAAUGGGAUAAAACAUAAACACGAACACAAGGUCGAUUUUUAA